AUGAAAGAACCCCGGAUUUUCCCUAGAGAGCGGCCAACUCCUUGGACUCGUGCUCCAUUGCCACCUCGAGGACGGCUAGACGGCUCCCUGGGACCACAGGGAGGGCCUGUCAUGAGCACAGGCCACCCAAUGGGUGUGAACUCAGAUCCUUUUCUUAUGGCAGCAGGUUCUCUUGGUGGAAACCUGGCUCCAUUUCCGAGGAAUCCAGCUCCUUUUCCAAGUACAUCAGGCUCAUUGGGAUCGAAUCCAGCACAUUUUCCUGCUGGUGCUCGUGACCCAAGCAUGGCUUCUUUUCCAAGAGGGAUGAAUCCCACUGGCACAGGUGCAGUUUCCUUCCCAAGGCCAGGUGGCCUUUUGGGACCAGGACCAGGUUUAAACCCUAGAACAGGGACUCUUCCAGGCCCAGGGCCUAUGUCUAACCCCAGAUUAGGAGGGCUUCCUGGUCCUGGUCCUAUGGCCAACCCAAGGGCAGGUGGACUUCUAGGAGCCAGUCCUGACCCUAGAGGUGGUGGCCCCAUGGGCCCUGGAUGUGGACCCAACCUGAGAGCAGGUGUUUUGUCCUCUGGAACUGGUCCUCCCAAUCCUAGGCCAGUUGGCCUGGGCCCUGGACCAAGUCCUAAUAUGAGGUCAAGCUUUUUAGGUACAAACCCGGCUCCUAGAUCGGGUAUGUUUCCAGGCUCAGGCCUGGGGCCCAACCCACGAGCAUGUGGCUUAGGUCCAGGCCUUGGGCCCAACCCAAGAGCUAGUGGCCUAGGCCCAGGCCCAAAUCUGGAUACCAGAGCAGGUGGCCUCUUGGGUACAGGAUCUGGUCUUAAUUUAAGAAUGGCUGGACCUCAAGGCUUAGAUCUUGCCCCCAUUCUAAGGGCAGCAGGUCUUUUAGGAGCAAAUUCAGCUGCUUUUUCACAGGCUUCUGGAAACAUGGGCACAAAUCCACCCACCAUGACAAGAGUACCUGGCCCCAUAGGCCCAAACACAGGUCCUAGCUCCCGAGGCAUUGGCCUUCCAGGGCCAAAUCCCUCUUCCAUGUCAAGGGCUCCUGGUCCCAUGGGCCCUAAUUCAGCUCAUUUUUCAAGGCCAGGUGGCCCCAUGGGGGUAAAUGCUGGAGCCUUCCCAAGAGGGUCAGGAUCAGGAGGACUGAACCCAACUGCCUUCUCUCAGUCUUCUGGCACAUUGGCCUCAAAUCCAGGUACCUUUCAGAGGUCUGCUGGCCUCCAGGGCUCAAAUCCAGCAAUUUUCCCAAGAGCCUCUGGGCCACUAGGCCCCAACCCAGCUAACUUCCCAAGGGCCACCGGCUUGCAGGGUCCAAGUCCAGCCGCCUUCCCGAGGUCUGCUGGUCCAUUAGGCCCUGGUCAAGUUGCUUUCCCCAGGUCAGCUGCUGGGCACCUGGGUUCUUCUCCAGCAGGCCCUAUGAGUAUCAACCCCGCUUUUGCAAGGCCAACAGGGACCCUGGGUCUUAACCCAGCUUCUUUUCCAAGGAUGAAUGGCCCUAUAACCAAGACUUUGGUCCCAUUUCCUAGGGUAGGCAGCCUUCCUGGCUCAAAUCCAGCUGCUUUCCCCAGACCAGGGGGUCCAAUGGCUGCAAUGUACCCAAAUGGAAUGCUACCCCCUUAAAUGCCAUUUUUCUUCCAGGGCCACUUUGUUUUUCAAGCACCGUGGUUCUGGGCUAGGGCUGUCUCUUAGAUAAAAGAGUAGAUAUGGAGCUACAGUCUGAAGAACAUAGCUGGGGCUCAAGUUCAAAAGAGCCUUCUUUUUCCUCUGCUUUUUUCUGGACUGAAGGCAAAAUGUUAUUUGUGAGACACGGACUAUGGCAGAUAGGGAUGAUCCUGGCCUCAAGAAAAAAGGAUCUCUGGCCUUCUGGAAGCCUGCUGUGCUUUUCUCCCACGGCUUUCUGCCCCUUGUUUCUUACUAGUUUCUUGAAUUGUUCUCCUGGACUCUUCCUCAGGGAUAUGUUGGCCUGCAGGUCCUAAUUCCCCCGCUUACCACUGGAGAGUGGGCUCACUUGCUGUCUAGUGAUGCUGCACUGGUGAGCGC